GUGCUUUUUUAUUUUUGCUUCUCGAAAAUUUGCAACUUCGAUUCAAUUCGAAAAAAACUUUUUUUUUGAACUAUUUCUUUUCUCUUGUUUUUUUUUCAAAUUGCAUUCGGUCACUGCAUUUACGUUUCCUUUUUCUAAUUGCCAGACUGCUUUUUAUCAAACAUUUAGUUUUUUUUUAUUGGGAGCGUGUGCAUUUGCCUUUACGCGUCCACAACCUUUUUCCUUUUCCUUUUAGCGCUGCAUACUGACUCCACUCAAACCACCACUCUUUAGAAAUAAUAAACGCGCACAGCCAUAUAAAACCUGUCUUUUCAGCGGGUCUUUUGCUCGACCUGAAUUCAAAUUUCAACGCGCAAAUGGCCAGCCGCAAACUGACAUUUGACGCGUCGCGUCCGGUAACGCGCAAUUUGGGAGCUUCUCCGAUAACGCGCGCACAGCAACAGGCCAGCUCGCAGCAAGCAAGCGGAUUCAUAUCACCCUCCCGUGCGCUGGCUACACCGACCAGACCGUCACAGCGUGCCUCGCUAUCUCGCGUUCAGCAGUCGCGGCGCGAGACAAUUGCCUUUGGCACACCACUCCUAUCGCCCGCGGCGCGACGCAACCCGCUGCAGGCUAUCACAGAGCAGGAGCGGCAGCGCAAUAACAAGGGCCAGGAUCACGAUGGCGCCGAAUCUGCGCUGCAGUAUAUCCCGCGCGUUGGUGGAGGCAGCAAAAACAUUGAGGCAGCUGGCUCUGGAGCCCAGGGCUUGUCGGCCGAGCAGCAACACAACCAACAGACGUCGCGCGUGGCUGACUGGAUCUUUGCAUACAGGCGAGCGUUUCCAAACUUUGUGUUUUACUUUGAAGGCAUAGACGAGGGUGCGCAGCAGCGGCUGGCCGCGCCAAUUCGCGCAUUGGGAGCCAAGGUUGAGACCUUUUUCUCAGCGCAGGCAGUAACCCACGUUAUAGUAGAGAAUUCCAGCGCCAUCGCCGAAAACUCUGCAAGUAGCUCGCAUGUGGUGGCACUGGCCAAACGAUUCCAGCUGAAGAUCUGGGAUAUCGAGAAGCUCGAGAAGCGCGUGCUUGUGUUUCUGCUUCCUGGGUUCAACGCGUCUACAGUGCAGACCCCCUCGGUUGUGACGGCCAAGCGCAAGCUUAACGAGGCGUUCUCGGCCGAGAAGCUAUAUGCUAUGCGGCACAAGACCUUUGAGGGCGCAGCAGUAUCGCACGGCGUGGACUUUUACUACUUUAAGCACUACUAUGUACUGGUCGAGGAUGACACGCAUCUCAACCGCCCGGCCAUUCUAGAGGACUACCGCCCGCCUGAGAAUGGCCGCGACCCCCCGUGGCCCAAGCUGUACAUGGUGCCGACGGGUCGCUGCCCCUUUGUGCAGUACGAGGAUCCGACGACUUCCAGCAAGGGCAGCGACUCGGAUGGCGACGAUAACAAGGAGAACGUGUCGCCCGAGCCCGAGCGCGCGCAGAUCACGGCACAGCUGCUCGGCAAGGCUCCCGCGACCCGCCUGCAGAACGCAUCGCGCCGCAAAACGUGGACUCCCUCGGCUAUCCGUGCCGUGGAAACCCCCAAUAUUGAGAAUAAUUCUCCGCAGCCACAGCCACUUGCUGCGCCACAUCCCAAACACAUGUCUAACAUGGCAACUAGAUACAACCCGAUGGUGACCCCAACGCGUCCCUCACGCGUGCUAUUGCCCGCAAACACCAUGAUGGGCCAGCAGAUGGGUGCACGGCCCUACGACGCGUCAGGGGUCAUGGACUCGAACGCGUCAGGCAUUUGCCAGGGACUCGGCGUCACGUCUACAUCCACAGCGUUCCAUACGGGCGCCAUUGACCCGGUUUUGCAGCACAAUUUCUUACAGAACCUCAACGGCGGCCUUGUCACCCACUUGUCGAAGCUUGAGCAGCCCGUCGCCCGCGUCCCCCAGCCGCAGCCCUCGACGACACGCAUGGAUGGACAUGUUCCGCCGGAGCCGCGCACAAAGAAGCCCCGCGUGCCCGUUCGCCGGCCCACAGUUGCUCGGCCCGGGUACUGCGAGAACUGCCGUGUCAAAUAUGAAGACAUGAUGGACCACGUGAAGUCGCCGCAGCACCGUCGGUUUGCCUCGAAUGAACGCAACUGGUUUGAUUUAGACACGCUGCUCAACAACGUCAAACGCCCAGUGUGUAAGCAAGGCCCUGAUAUGGCCGCGCACCACGCGUUAUACGCGCUUUCUUCUGAUGACGCGAGCCACGAUGUCAGCUCUGUUGCUGCGUCCGCCCUGCCGUCGUUGAAUGGCACUUGGGCAGGCACGGCGUUUGCUGCCGAUCAAUUUGGACACCCGUCGCUUAGCGCACAUAUGAUGGCAUCUGGCCGUCUGAGUACCGAGAUUCCCUUGACCGCCACGACGACAACUACCGACGGCGGCACCGCUGCCUCCAAUGCCUCCCGCCCCGCUCCAUCGAUCAUAGAUUUGACCUUUUCCAACCCACAUUCGAACUCGUCGUGUGCCUCGCCCGGUGCGACCAACGACGAGAAAGCCAAGCUCACACAGUCCACAGCCGACGCCACGCUGCUUCCCAUUACGCCACUUGCCCAGCGUGGCAACUGCGGCGCCAAUAACAACAGAAGCAGCAGCACCGCUGCGCUAGUUUCCUACCUGGAGACACCCCAGUUUCGCAACCAGCAGGUGCGCAACCCCUACGACGAUGCGGCCACGCUGGUUGGUCCGGGGACCAGCCGCAAGAGCCAGCACCAGAGCGCCCUGGAGACGCCCACUCAGAGCACCAAACAUGUCGACUUGAUGAGGAAAGCUGGCAAUGGCUCUACGCUUGUCCAGCCAACACGCGUGCUGCCCAAGUUCUGCACGGAGAGCAGUGCGGAGACUCUUCCAAGCACCACUAUUAUUGCAAAGAGCGACAUUGCCAACCGACUGUGCAACAUGAUCCACGGAGAGAGCGAAGCACUUUGACUUGAUGUUAAUAUUGUUUCAAUGUUCUUUUUUGGUAAUUAUUUUUUGUUUGAAUGUUAAAACAUUAAAACAGC